AUGAACUCUAUCGAAGGCAUCGAUAUUAUCUUUCGUCCAGCUAACCAUGACUUGAGCAAGAGAUGGCUCGAUCUGGACCCCAGCACGCGGGUGCUCGAAAAGGGGUGGACAAAAGCGCCUGGGCGAAGACCCCUCCCAGAGGACUUGGUGUUCGAAAAGGACACCAAAAUCCAGCUUCGGGAUGGAGCCAAUAUCUGGGUAGACAUCUUUCGACCUGUGUCUGCCAGUAAAGAACAGCCGAUCCCUGCACUGCUAGCAUGGAGUCCUUAUGGAAAGGAAGGAAAUGGCUUCCAAAGCUUGGAUGCUGUACCCUUCCGUGCUGGCAUUCCGAAGUCAUGGACUAGCGAUCUAGAGAAGUUCGAGGCUCCUGACCCCGCAGAAUGGUGCCCAAGAGGAUACGCCAUUGUCAACGUAGACCCUCGUGGUGUUGGAGACUCAGACGGCAAUAUAUACGGAAAUGGAACACAAGAAGGCCGAGAUGGUUAUGAUACUGUGGAGUGGAUUGCAAAACAGAGCUGGUGCAAUGGUGCCGUUGGCCUUGUCGGUAACUCGUGGCUAGCAAUUUCUCAGUGGUUGAUUGCCGCCGAGAGGCCUCCUCAUCUCAAGGCUAUUGCUCCAUGGGAAGGGUUAUCCGAUGCUUAUCGAGAGCUCCUAUGUCGAGGAGGAAUACCAAAUCCUGCAUUCUUCGACUUACGUUCACAGGGAUAUUGCGGCAAAAAUAGAUUAGAGGACGCAGGAACAAUGAUCCGCGAGCAUCCUCUUCCGAAUGCCUACUGGAAGGAUAAACGGGCAAGAGUUGAGGACAUCGACGUUCCAAUUUACGCACUAGCCAGCUUCUCGUCAGGACUUCACACUGAAGGCUCACUGAGAGGAUUCCUAUUCUCGAUGUCAAAGGAGAAAUGGCUUCGCAUUCACCACACCCAAGAAUGGCACGACUUGUACCAAAACUCUUCCAACGAUGACUUGCAGAAAUUCUUCGAUAAAUACCUUCUUGGGAAGGACAAUGGCUGGGAAAAGACACCCACUAUCAGACACAGCCUUCUUGGUUACAAUGUGCCAUGUGUUAUUAACCGGCCUGAUGUGGCCUACCCUCCACCGUCGAUUAAACACACGACUCUCUAUGUUUCCUGUGCGAGCAGCACUUUACAAACAUCCCCAGAAGGGUAUAACAGCACGGCUCAAUAUCAGUCUAACUCGUGGGACGAUGAUGGCGCACACUUCUCGUACAAAUUCUCCAGUUAUACCGAAUUAAUUGGAUACUCUAGAGCAAUUCUGUACAUGUCAUGUGCCGACACGGACGAGAUGGACGUCUAUGUUAUUAUCCGAAAGCUCGAUGCCCAAGGUAACGAGCUUCUCCAUAUUAAUAUCCCGCUUGAAGAUCUCCCAGCUGGGAUGAAGGAGACCGACGUACCACACGGGAACAUCUUCAAAUAUGUUGGUCCAAAUGGGCGCCUGAGGGCUUCAAAGCGCAAUUUCCUAGAACAUGAGCCAGGCUUGACUCCAGAGAAAAGCAAAGCGCUUUAUCCAGCAGAGAUAUGGCAUCCGCUUGAUGUGGAAGAGAAGAUAACACCGGGAGAAAUUGUGAGACUAGAAAUCCCACUUUGGCCAUCUGGGAUCAUCUUCCAGUCUGGCGAGAGUAUGAGGUUGGAAGUUAAAGGUCACGAAGUCACAUUGCCAGAAUUCCCGGCGCUGGAUCGCGUUCCAACCAACUUGAAUCGCGGAAUGCACGUCAUUCAUUCAGGGCCAGAGUAUCCAUCAUCACUUAUUGUCCCGCUUUCUCAGGGGCCAGCAGCUGAUCAGUGA